CGGGCGUAAGCCCGUCAGAACUCCCUUGCCUAGACUUUCACAAACCGCCACCUCACCCCUGUGCUUCAUCGGAUUGGUGAAUCUUGAUAGCAAUGUGGAAGCUCCAUGUCUCCAGCGCUGGCGAUUCUUCUUCCGCGGCCCCCCUUAGCACUCUCAACGAUCUCGUCGGCCGCCAGAUCUGGUGCUACGACGAGGCCAUCGGCAGCGACGAGGAUCGCGCGCGCGUCCAAGAGGCUCGGGAUCACUUCACCAAGAAUCGUCAUGUCCACAAGCACAGCUCCGAUCUCCUCAUGCGAAUGCAGCUCUCCAAGGCUGCACAGCCGCUGCCCCAAAUCCCUCCUCCAGUGAAGGUCCAAGGCGAUGCGGAGAUCAAGCAGAGCGAUGUCGAGACCACGAUUCGUCGUGCCUUGCGAUUUUACUCCACCAUUCAAGCCGAGGACGGCCACUGGCCUGGCGAUUACGGAGGUCCCAUGUUUCUCAUGCCGGGAUUGAUCAUUGCUUUGUACGUCACUGGAGCGAUCAACGUGGUUUUGUCACCGGAGCACCAACGAGAAAUGUGUAGAUACUUUUUCAAUCACCAGAACGAAGAUGGCGGCUGGGGACUGCACAUUGAAGGGCACAGCACGAUGUUUGGCACUGUACUUGUAUAUGUUUCUCUACGGCUACUUGGCCAAGAACCAGACAAGCCGGCCAUGGAGAGCGCCCUUUCAUGGAUUUUUGGUCAUGGAGGGACCAUCGCCAUUCCGUCCUGGGGAAAGUUUUGGCUCGCGGUUCUUGGAGUGUUCGAUUGGUCGGGAGUUAAUCCCCUACCGCCAGAAAUGUAUUUGCUGCCGUAUGCGAUUCCCCUUCAUCCAGGACGUAUGUGGUGUCAUUGCCGGAUGGUUUAUCUUCCUAUGAGCUAUCUCUACGGUCGUCGUUUCACUGGAAAAAUCACACCCAAGGUUGAAGCUCUGAGAAAGGAGCUCUUUAACGGACCCUUUGAAGACGUGGAUUGGAAUCGUGCGCGAAAUACUUGUGCGAAGGAAGAUCUGUAUUAUCCUCAUCCGCUCAUACAAGAUGUUCUUUGGGGAGUUUUGCAUAAAGGUGUGGAGCCUCUUUUAAUGCGUUGGCCAGGAUCAUUGCUGCGCAAGAAGGCGCUUGAUACGGUUCUCGAGCAUAUCCACUACGAGGAUGUCAAUACGAGAUAUAUAUGCAUUGGGUCUGUUCACAAGGUCAUUAACAUGCUUUGCUGUUGGGCGGAGGACCCAAACUCCGAAGCUUUCAAACAGCAUUUGCCCCGAAUUCAUGAUUAUCUCUGGGUUGCGGAAGAUGGGCUGAAAAUGCAGGCAUACAAUGGCAGUCAACUUUGGGAUACAGCUUUUGCUGUACAAGCGAUAAUAUCAACGGACAUGCUUGAAGAAUCCCGGGAGAUGCUGAAGAAAGCUCAUUCCUACAUAGAAAAAUCACAGGUACGCGAAGACUGUCCCGGGGAUUUGGACUAUUUCCAUCGACAUAUAUCAAAUGGAGCAUGGCCAUUGUCUAACAGAGAUCACGGAUGGCCUAUAUCUGAUUGUACUUCUGAAGGCUUGAAGAGUGUGUUGCUUCUAUCCCGCAUUUCAUCGGACGUUGUUGGGAAGCCCUUAUCUCCAGAACGACUCUAUGAUUGCGUCAAUAUGAUCAUUUCAUAUCAGAACGCUAAUGGAGGAGUCGCAUCAUACGAGUUGACACGGUCAUAUGCUUGGAUCGAGCUGUUCAACCCUUCAGAAACAUUUGGGGACAUCACAAUCGAUUACUCCUAUGUGGAAUGUACAUCAGCUUGCGUUCAGGCGCUCUGUGCUUUCAGCAGGCUCUACCCUGACCAUCGGUCCAAGGAAAUCGAACUAUUUGUGGCCAAAGGAUGCAAAUAUAUUGAAAGCAUUCAAAGACCUGAUGGCUCUUGGUACGGGUCAUGGGGUGUUUGUUUCACGUACGGCAUCUGGUUUGGAGUCCUAGGCUUGGUUGCCGCUGGCAAAAGCUAUAAGCACUCCGCAGCGAUCCGCAAGGCCUGCGAUUUCCUUCUUUCUAAGCAGCUCCCAUCAGGUGGCUGGGGUGAGAGCUACCUCUCCUCUCAAAACAAGGUUUAUACGAACCUGGAAGGUGGUAAGCACCACCUCGUUAACACGGCCUGGGCGAUGCUAGCGCUUAUUGCAGGUGGACAGGCUGAAAGAGAUUCCACGCCUCUGCAUAAAGCCGCUGCUCUUUUGGUAAACGGACAGCUUGAAGAUGGCGAUUUUCCACAGGAGGAAAUAAUUGGAGUGUUUAACGGCAACUGCACGAUCAGCUACUCCGCCUACAGGUGUAUCUUCCCAAUCUGGGCACUCGGACAAUACCGCAGCCGCGUGCUCAAGCAUCCAGCAAUUGAGUCUUUUAUUAGUUUUCAGCAACACAUAAACCAUGACACAUAAAGCAUCGCUUUGCUAAAAUUUUACCCAUGGAAUCCCAGCUCGUUUUUAGCUGGCUCGCUGCCGUCCAGUGUUGUUGUGGAAGCCCUGGAAGUCAAACAUGUCUUCUUCAAUAUGGCAGUGGCAUCCUGAAACAAAACGUGUGCUUAUCAAAAACAGAUGUACCGUCUUCCCCAGGCUCGAUCACCACUCUCACUGAUUCAUCGUUCUUCUGGGGAAUGGACUCCCACCCUUGACGUGUCCAUCAUGUAUAAGAAGCUACCAAUAGUGAAUAUCUUCGUUGAUAGUAUCA